ACAAAGCUCUCUCUAUCUCUCUCGUUCUAAUCUCUGUCUAUCUUUCUCUGUGUCUGUCUCUUUUUUCGUUUCCCUCCACAGAUCUCUGAAAUUCCAUCCCAUCAAACCCUAAGUCCGGGUUGAUCCUAUCGGCUUCGUUAACUAUCCAUCUCCGAAGCCAUUUUUUUUUUCCCAAUUUCUGUUGUUUAUUCAAACUCCAUAAUCUUCACUCAUUGAUGAUCCUGGAACCUUCGCGAGUCUCCCUCUUCUUCAUGGGCCUGCGCCACCCUUACGAUGCCUGAGCUGCGUUCCCGGCCACACAUAAGCCGCCUUGUAGACAGCGCAAACGCCAAUCCGACCACUCAGCCAGCCUCGCCGCCGGCCGCCGGAGCCUGUCGAAGGAAGCCAGCCGUCGCCGCCGCUCCGACCGGGAGGAAUCGCAGGCUGAACAACGCGAUUGCCGUCGCCGCCGAUCAAAUCCUGAACGCCGAAGACGAAGGUGGUGCCGUUCGUGGAACCAGAGCGAGGAAGCUGAAACAAGAUCAAGGAGUGAAGGAGAAUAUUAAAAAUAAGAAGGUUUCAGUUAGGGUUUUGGAAGUGGAAGGCAUGGAUGAGUACGAUAGUGGUAGCCGCAGUGCCGAUAAGGCUCCCGGAGCUGAAGACGAAGGCACCACACCUCCUAUUCCAGAGAAGGUUCAGGUUGGUGGUUCCCCAUUGUACAGAGUUGAGAGAAAACUUGGGAAAGGAGGAUUUGGGCAGGUUUAUGUUGGUCGGCUGCUCGGAGCUGCGAAUUCUAGUGAACGAACUGGUGCUGGGGCUGUUGAGGUAGCCUUAAAAUUUGAGCAUAGAAGCAGCAAAGGGUGCAAUUAUGGACCUCCAUAUGAGUGGCAGGUUUACAAUGCACUAGGUGGUAGUCAUGGUGUUCCGCAAGCUCAUUAUAAGGGACGGCAAGGUGACUACUAUAUUAUGGUCAUGGAUAUACUUGGCCCUAGUCUGUGGGACGUUUGGAAUAACAACAAUCCUCACAUGAUGUCUACUGAAAUGGUUGCAUGUAUUGCAAUCGAGGCUAUCUCCAUAUUAGAGAAGAUGCAUUCUAGAGGAUAUGUACACGGUGAUGUAAAACCUGAGAACUUUUUGCUUGGACUCCCUGGAACUCUUGAUGAAAAGAAGUUGUUUCUGGUUGAUCUUGGAUUAGCAACUCGGUGGCGUGAUAGUUCGACUGGCCUUCAUGUUGACUAUGAUCAACGUCCAGAUGUUUUUAGGGGCACAGUUCGUUAUGCUAGCGUGCAUGCCCAUCUUGGUAGAACAGGUAGCAGGAGAGAUGACUUGGAAUCUCUUGCUUACACUCUUGUCUUUCUUCUUCGUGGUCGGCUACCUUGGCAAGGAUACCAGGGAGAAAAUAAAGGGUUUCUUGUCUGCAAGAAAAAGAUGGCCACUUCUCCAGAAACUUUGUGUUGCUUUUGUCCUCAACCAUUUCGACAAUUUGUUGAAUAUGUGGUGAAUUUGAAGUUUGAUGAAGAACCAAAUUAUGCAAAAUAUAUAUCCCUUUUCGAUGGAAUUGUGGGCCCAAAUCCAGAUAUCAGGCCAAUAAACACUGAAGGUGCUCAGAAGCUUAUAUGUCAGGUUGGACAUAAGAGGGGGCGAUUGACCAUAGAAGAAGAUGAUGAUGAACAACCAAAUAAGAAGGUUCGAAUGGGAAUGCCUGCUACACAAUGGAUUAGUGUUUACAAUGCUCGUCGACCAAUGAAGCAAAGGUAUCAUUAUAAUGUUGCUGAUGUGCGGCUGGCCCAACACAUUGAUAAAGGAAAUGAAGAUGGUUUAUUUAUCAGCAGUGUGGCUUCUUGUUCUAAUCUUUGGGCACUCAUUAUGGAUGCUGGCACUGGUUUCACCGCACAAGUUUAUGAACUGUCUCCCCACUUCCUUCACAAGGAAUGGAUUAUGGAACAGUGGGAGAAGAAUUAUUACAUUAGUGCCAUAGCUGGGGUUAAUAAUGGAUCCUCAUUGGUUGUAAUGUCUAAAGGUACCCAGUACUUACAGCAAUCCUAUAAAGUCAGUGAUUCGUUUCCAUUUAAAUGGAUCAACAAAAAGUGGAGAGAAGGAUUUUAUGUCACUGCUAUGGCCACUGCCGGCUCUAGAUGGGCAAUUGUUAUGUCCCGUGGGGCUGGUUUUUCAGACCAGGUUGUGGAACUUGAUUUCUUGUAUCCCAGUGAAGGCAUUCAUCGAAGGUGGGAUAGUGGUUAUCGCAUCACCUCAACUGCUGCAACAUGGGACCAAGCUGCUUUUGUUCUUAGUGUCCCAAGAAGAAAACCAGCUGAUGAAACUCAGGAGACACUCCGCACAUCUGCUUUUCCUGGUACUCAUGUCAAGGAAAAAUGGGCUAAGAACCUCUAUAUCGCAUCUAUUUGUUAUGGGAGAACAGUGUCAUAAACUGCUCAAAUUGAGAUUUCUGGUUGACAACAUUUUAACCACUGGCACAAUCCUGCUUGCUCUUACAUAGUUGGGAACGGAAGAUCCUCUCUGACAAUUUUCUGAACAAUUCAGUUCAGCAUUAAUGUAUGCUAAACUUUCUUUAUGGUCACCAUCACAUAUCAUGAAGCAGAACCUGUGCACUGUAUUUCAACUUUGUCAAAAAUACUUGAGUUAUGAGUAAAAUUAGAUUGUGUCAAUUGGGAAGAGUCUUUUAAUGUUAAGUUUGUACAUAUCUGAACAGUAAUUACUAUGUUGAAGGCAUAUGCACAGGUUAUGCUUUUGUUUGUUGAUGUUAUUUUGCAAAUAUGAAAACUAAUAUUUUCCAGUAGGAACUGGACAAUUUAAGCUGUGCACCCUUGUACUUGGCGCACUUUAUCCUUAUCACUUUUGACUUAAAGCUAUUUCUGGGCUUCUUGUUGUCUGUAUUUGACCAACAGAAAGUUGUAUAUAUUCUGCCAGCUGUUUGUAGUUGUUUAAUCAUUGUUAUAUCGUAUUAUUAUUGUUUCUGCUUUCCUUUUCUGAUGAUUUACUCCCAACUCUGCUUGAUUGGUGGGCACAUGUCAUGAAAUUUAAAUGGGAUUAUUCUAAUUGAAAUGAAGGAUGAGGAUCCUUUAGUUUUUUUUUUUUCAAAAAUUAUUCUCACCCUUUUUUUGUGUUUUUUUUAAGAUUGUUUUUGCACUGUCAGCAUGAUGUUUUUGAAUACUUUACCAUGACAGUUUCAAUUCAUAAGGUUGUGGUCUCUACAUUUUCAAUUUUGAAUGCCAGCUAUGUAAGCAUCAGCUCAGUUACUAGAAGUUGCAAAUAUUUGUCAUCUAUUUGUGUAGGUAAUGAUGACUUUGAAGUUUGAAAUGUCCACCUCUAUUAUUCUAACGACUUCUUCCUGUUUUCAAAGUCUACAUGAUGGGGUUCUCCUUGUCUGUCGUUCUAUAUGACUGGGUGCUCAUUGUAUUUAUUCCUGUUCUAACACCAAACAUUGCAAGGUGCACGUUUGAUUCUUUUAAGAAUUUUGCUGUCAUGGAAGCUCUUCUUGGGUUCAUUAGUGAUUUGUGUAUUUCCUGAGUUACUUGGACAUACAAAGCAGGUAUUGAAUUCUGCAGCUAUUAUUAUUCAACUUAUCUUGUGCAGUCUGCUGAAAUAUUCAUGUAACUUAAUCUAGAUAUACUAUAUAUGGGUGAUACAUUUCUUGUUCGUUUGGCAUGAUUGCAUUGGCUGUUACUUAACAUUUUUCUUGCUCUCAAUAGAAAUUCAGGUUGUUGGGAGGGUACAUUUAACUUUUGUGUCUGUGGCAACUUGCAGAGUUUGGUUGGUCCUGACAAUUAUUUUGCUGGAGCAACCCAUAUGUCAAGGAAAUCAGAAGCUGUUCAAGAAACUGGUAUUUUUGGAACUAUUUGCCCAAGUGAUUCUCCUUUUUUCACAUAUUUGGAAUUUUCUUGGGAAAUGUAGGGGGAUGGCUUCGUUUAUGUUCUAAUAAUUUGUCAAAAUUGCCCCGUAUUUUGAAUGUCUAAUUUCUACUAUUUUUGGAGAUCUACUCUUUUUUUCUCUUUCCAAAUGCAAUAUUUUAAAGCCUAAUAAGUGACUAUAAAGCAUAAUGAAACAUUUUAAAGUUUUAUUACAUUUUUUUGUAUGUUUGGAAAUCUAGAUUUCGAAUCAUUGUUGUCGGUUGGCAACAUAAAUAACAUGCUUAAGAGAUAGUCCUUGAUUUGAGAGAAGCUUUUAACAGAUAGUUUAUAAGGAAGUUAUUCGGGGUGAUGCAAUGAUACCCAGUAAACCGAGUCAGCAUCCUUGCCUUGGGUUACGAUGGUGACUAAUGGAAUAUAUUGAUGGAUGUCUUGUGGGAAAAGAAAUCCUUAGUUUAUUGACAAUAUAUCAUUACUCUAUACACGAUGUUUGUGUCAACAAGUGUAUGGAUUAGGCAUAGGUCCCUUUUAUGCUUUUUAUUUGGUCUAGUCAUUUUAUGUUUUGGAGUUAUCUAUUUGGUUAGGUGCCCCGCGGCUAUUCAACAAUCUGUAAGGCAAAAAUCCAGAUUGAUUUGUCUAAGUUUGUGCUACUGUUCAAUAGUUUGAUUCAGAUAUUGGAAAAGCUGGUGAAUUAUAUUGAGGCAUGGAGGGUGUGAAGUUGGGGGGUUCUAUCGCCUGUUAUCUAUUAUUUUAUUGCUUUCAAAGUGAAGCAUUGGAAUUUGGCUGUUUUGUUUAUUUAUAGUGUAGUUUCCAUUUUAGCAAAGUUGAAUCUUGUAUGUAAUGGACGAUGUCAUGGUCUCCAGCCAAAAUAAAGUAGGUGAUUCAUCACCUUUAAGAA